UUUGUUCUUCUUGCUCACAGAUUGUUUUCUUCAAGAAUCACCAAAACCUGUUUUAAUCAGAGACAUCAGACAUGUCAGGUGUUGGCAAUGAAGUCAUAUAUAGUGACAGGUAAAGUCAUUGUCAUUAUGGGUGUAAGCGGAGCAGGGAAAUCCACCAUAGGUACGAUGUUGGGAAAAGCUCUAUCUUGUGAUUUUCUUGAUGCCGAUGAUUAUCAUUCUUUAUCAAACAGAGAUAAGAUGCGCCAAGGCAUUGCUCUUUCAGACGAAGAUCGAAUGCCGUGGCUUGAAAAAAUACAGGAGAGUUUGCGAAAACGUUUACUAAACGGAGAAACCGUUGUUCUCGCGUGUUCGGCAUUGAGAAAACAGUAUAGAGAGAUCUUGAGAGGUUCUGAUCCUGAUUACAAACCCGGAAGCUAUACGAGUUGCAAGGUUAAGUUUGUAUUAUUGGAAGGUACCGCAGAGGUGAUCGCUGCUCGGUUACAGAAGAGAGCUUCUGAAGGAGAACAUUUCAUGCCUCUCACUCUUCUUCAGUCUCAGUUUGAUCUGCUUCAUGCUGAUGAAUGUGAAAAGAUAUUCAAAAUCAGUGUUGUUCUAAGCCCUGAAGUUAUAGUCAACACAAUUCUUGAAAUGGUUACUAAUUCUUUGAACCCUUGAGAGAAGACUUUAUCCAAAACCAAAACAAAAAAAAAGCCCUCAAGAGAAUAUAUGAAAAUUCUCAGGACAUUGUUAUUCAUCUUUUGUAUUCAACAUAUCAAUAAGCAAAACUUGCUUUCAUUAUAAAAAUGUACAUUGUUUCAUUUCA